AUGCUUUUAUUAUACUCCCUUAACAAUCUCUUCUUAGUUUUUCACUUUUUCUGUCACAGCUGCUCACUCUUCCCACUCUUUACCUACUGCUGCUACUGUAACUACAAGCUGAACCUGACGCUUUGCAAACCCUUCUCUGAAGAAAUAAAUUCUCAACCAUUUUGGAUUGCAUAUUUUUUACCAUUGUCAUGUUGGCACUGCUGGACUCAUUUAACAACUGUACCCGAGUCUUUAGUUACAUCCACUGGUGUUCAACAAACUGAAACCGUUUUUGUUUCUUCAGAACUAUUUACACCAUUACCUCAAGUUCAACCUACUACAUCAGAAACCAUGGAAACAGAAGUCAGUAAUACUACAGUGGUUGAUGGUGUUACUUAUGCACUUAUUAAAGAUAAUUCUUUGGAUAGUACACUAACAGCUCAAGGUACUUGUGUUACUGCAUCCAAAUCUUUGCUAACCAGUCAGACUGGUAGCAUGGAUGUAGAACUGAUUCCUGUUGUGGAUAAUGUAGCACUACAGGUGAUGGCAGUUGAAGCAAAAUCUAAUGAAAGGGAUAAAGAUAAAAAGGAAAAUAUAGUUGAAACAUCUGGAAAGCCUCAGCUUGUUCAGCAUGCCGUUCUUGUCCCUGAUCCUAACAAUCAGGUACCUGCAACAUUAAUGCCCACUGGAGAAAAGGCUUCUAUGUCUAAUAAGCCACCAGAAUUUGUGACAACUUCUGGCAAUAUUAAUUUGUCAAUGAAUAGUACAUAUGCAACUGCUGAUGAUAAGUCGGCUGUUUGUGCCCCUGUUGAUUGUGUUAGCAUACAAAUUGGGGACAAAACAUAUAGUUCUAAAAUUGAAAAUAAAACACCUGUGAUUGAAGAAGCACUAAUGAAAGAAACCUAUAUUCAACUGGGUCACAAUGUAUUAAAAGAAGGUGAUAAUGUUGACAUUGAGAAGGCAACUCUGCAAACUUCAACUGAAGGUACUCAAUUUUUCGUCAUUGAUCUAAGUGAAACGGAAGUACAAAACUCAAUCCCAAUGGAGAUAGAAACUGAACAAAUUAUCAAAGCAGAAAGUAUUGGGGAAUGUAAGAGUGAUAAUGACCCAGAAAAUGAUGCAAUAAACAAAGUGCCUCCAGAAUCACCUCCUUAUUAUGUAAUUCAGCAAGUUACAGAAAGUGCUGCUACUGAUGACAAUCAAGAAAAAGAGUUUCUUCAAAUGAAACAGUUGCCUGUGGAUUUGAAAAGUCUUGUGCCUCUUGCUUCUCAAAUAAAAAGUGAAGAUGGUACAGCCAUUGUUUCUCUGCCAAAGGAUCAACAAAAUAUAGAUAAAUCUAUAGACUCUGUGGUAAAGAAUACAGAUGAUGAACUUCUCAUCACAAACAUUCAAGGAGGUGCUGAGGUCAUAAUGGUGGACAUUGGUAGUACAGCAUCUGUAGACACUGAAACAAUCAAGUCAUCUCUCAGUUCAACUGAGCAAUCAACAACAACGCUUGUCUCUGUUGCUGAUAAACAUAAAGAAACAGGACAACAAACUGAAAAUUCUACGGGUCCUACAGCAGCACUAAUGAGCAUCACAACUAGCCCUGAUGUAGCAACUACUGCUACAACUUCAUCCUCUGUUGCUGUAAAUUUACAAAAUGCUUCCAAGUUCAGAGAUGCUGAACAGCAAACUGAAAAAAAAAAAUCAGAGCAGCAACAAGCAGAAGUAACUGUUACCACAACCCCAUCACAACAACUUCCAAUUUCUCAAGCUAUCGCUCAACCUAAACAAAUAGAGCCUCAACAACAACCACAGGUGAAACCACUUCCAGCACAAUCUAAACCAUCUCAACCCCAAGAUCAAGAGGAUAGAGUGUUAGAAUCCGAACAGCCACAAGAAAAUGACCAAUCAUCCCAAUCUAUUAAACAAGUAGAUAUAUCUUCUAAAUCUUCCAUAAAAUCACCUUCUCCUCAAGCUCAAACCCAGCAAUCUUCAUCCUCUAAACAGUUCAAGCCUUCUCAGUUACAAAAAGACCAGGCUAAAACUGUUAUGCUUACUAGUACAACUACUGCUGCUGAAACUACAAUAACUACUUCUUUUAUCACCUCCAAAAUAAAUGCACCAACUAUACAAGAUAAAGAGUCAGCUGUAGUGAGUGAGUCAGAACCCUCUAAAAAUUCAACAGAAGUGGUUGACCAGGAAUCUGCUGAUCAGUCUGAAUCAAAAAAUCUGAAAGAGCAACAAGUAGUAAUCACUCUUAAAAGGAGAGGUCGGCCACCAAAAUCAGCUUCCAAAAAUGUAGAGAAUCAAAUUGAAACUCCAAAGUCUGGAGGACGUUCCUUACGGGUUCGCAGUAAAGAAACAAGUGGGGAUGAAUCGGAGUCCACUGCCAACAAGGAUUCAAAACUCUCUAAAAAGAGAGUGUCUAUCAAAGAUGCAGAUAUAUCUGAAGAAAAUAUUGAUAGUGCUAAUGAAUCAAAAACUGAAAGUGUUAAACGGAAACGAGGCAGACCGAGAAAAGAUGAAUCUUCUAAGAAAGCUGAAAAAACAGAAACUCCAACUCCUAAAAGAGGCAGACCAAGAAAAGAUUCUUCCAUUGAAAAAGUCAGUGAAGUUGAUUCUCCUGAGACAAAGUCUCGACGACACAAAGCAUCUAAUGAAGAUGAUGACGAUGAUGAUGAUGAAGGAAGGCGUCGAUCUGGAAGAAUUAAAAAGGGACAAGAAGAUAAAACACUUAAAAAGAACACUCCUGAAACACCCACAAAGAAAAAAGAUAAGGUAUCUUCUAAAAGUAAAGAUCAGGAAUCUCCUACAUUAUCAAAAAAAACAGAUGAAACUCCUCCAAGACGUGGCAGACCCCCACGAAAUAAAGAAACCCCAAAACUGCAAAAGAAGGAUUCUGAUAAUGAAGUAUCUGAAAAAUCCGCUCGUAAAGGAAAACAAGCAGUUGAAAAGGAGGGUGAACCAGUGGCAAGUACAUCUGGUAUUAAGUAUGUAAAAAAGGGAAAAGCCUCCUCAGAAGAUGAAGAAGAGGUGUUAUCUGAGGAAAGUGAUGAAGGUGGACCUGAGUUGACCAGAGUUGAUGUUAGUCAAAAACUGUCUAUGUCACCAUCUAAAAAGAAAAUUAGAUAUGCUGAAGAUACCGCAGUUGCAGUAGGUACUAGUACCAUUUAUGAUGAGAGUGAGGAAGAAGGACUGGGAGAGCAACAGGCAGCUAGUGAAAGUGAAGAAGAAGAAGACAGUGACGAAUAUGGAGGAGCAGUUAUUGCAUCUCCAAGAAAGAAAACUAUGUCAUAUACACAUCUUAAAACUUCAAUGCAAGAUUUGAAACAAGAACCACUAGAAAUGGAAGUUGAUGAAAUGGAAAGUUAUAUUGAAGAUAAAAAUGAUAAUUGUAUUGGUGAUCGUGAAGAUAGAAAAAUAUUUGAGCUUGAAGAAGAUUCUCUUUCCCAGAUAAUCUAUGGAGAAGAUGGGGCAGAAAUUACACCAAUUAGAGUACACAGACGACGAAUGGGUGAUAAGCAAGAUGAUAUUUAUAAUAUUGACCAGAUUGAUGAAGAUGAGUUUCUUGCUGCCAGAAAUGCUGCCCAGCAAGACAAAUCUCCUAGAACGCCACAAACUCCUCAGUUUGUUGAAGUAGAAACAGUUUUUGAGUCACCUGGCAGGAGAUCUGUGCAAACUCAGACAGACCCACGGCUUAGAAAAAAGAAAUUUGGACCACUUGGUCAGGAAGGUGAAAUUGAAGAAAUAGACCCAGAUGAUGCAGAGUUGUAUAGAAGACGUCGCUGCAAAAAGGAAGACUCUGAUUUUGGCCUUUUUGAAGAUGAGCCAAAAAGAAAAAGUGUUAAACGUAAUACAGAAGAGGCUUUGAAAUGUCCUUUCUGUGACAAGUCUUUCAUUGGUCUUGUUAAACACAUAAAAAGCAAACAUAGUCAUGAGCCUGAUUAUGAUGAAGAGAUGCGUAAUGCUAAAUGGAGAGAACGCAUCAUGAAAGUCUCUACACAGGGAGGGGAAGAGGCAGGAGAAACUUGUGUUGAAUGUGGCAAAGUGACCAAGAAUAUGAAACGUCACCAAGAACUCCACCAACAAAAUAGAAUGCAAAGUGCCUGCCCAAUUUGUGGAAAGGUGGUCUUGAGAACUGGAAUUAGUUCACAUAUGCGCACUGUUCAUUCAGGAAGAAAGCCUUAUAAAUGCCCUCAUUGUGAUUAUUCAUCAGCAUUCCGUGGAAAUCUUAACACUCACAUUAAAGGCAUGCAUUUGCACACCCGCCAAUAUCUGUGUGAUAAGAAGUUGCCCAUGCAAUUGUUGAACAAGGAGAUGGCACGGUGCAAUAUGAAACCACAGGACAGACCAUCACUGGAACAACUGCAGCUGAAUUGUUUUCACAGAUGCAGUCAUAAAUUGAUUUGA